GGGUUGAAUGUUGUGUUCCCAGUUUAAUGGGGACUAAGAGGCAAGUUAUUCAAUUGCCUUAAUUAAUAUAAACAUGUGUGCGAUACUACAUAGAUACGAGUAGACUAAAGCAUAGCAGGCUGCACUUGUGGCUUGUUAAUUAACAGAAAUUCCCGUAACGACGAAACUGUAAGGAAACAGUUUUCUGCUAUCCAAUUUCUUUCAAAUGAAAUCUCGCACAUAUGUACACACGACUGUUGAAAGUAUUCUUGAGGAAUUUGAACUAUGGAGUUUUACUGCAUUUGUAGAACUCAUUUCUCGGUUCUCUGGCUCUCUUAUGUUUACCUUUUCCAUUCCAUAUAUCAUUUUACGGAAGGUAUUAUGGUUAUUGCCAGAAUUGUGCAAGCCAGAGAAGGUACCACUUACAGUAUUUCUCCAGAUCUUAUCGAUAAGAUCAAAACAAUAUCGACUUACAAGAGUAUCUCAAGUUUCGGUGAGCGUUUCGCGAGCGUUUUUCCCUUGUUUGAUAUGAACUAAAUUGGAAGUAAACAAGAUAGUCAAAGCAGGAAUUUAGUGGAUGAUCCGAACCGGAGUGGUCUUUCCUAUCUGAUGCCAAAACUCAAAUUUCGAGCUUUUAUAGGACAUAUUUCUUAACUGGGUCAUUUGACCCAAUCCAAUUGGUUUCAGUCCACAAUCUGGGGUGGUAGGCAGUCAUGUGGUUGGGAUCAUGAUCAUCCAUCCCUAUAGACAUUGAACAGCAGGUUGCAUGAGCGUGUUAGAUCAGAUCAGGCUGAGCAGCAACCAUUUGCAUAACACGAAGAUUUGCGUCAAUCAUUGGAGGAGCUCCAGACCGAGACCGAGACUCGAAUUCGUUGAAAACAGCUCUCAGCAAUCGCUCUCUCUUUCUCUGCUAGCAAACGGUCUCUGCUCUGCGCUACGCUCAGGUGAUAUCAGCUGCACGCACAUACACAUGACCACAUGCAAGCAUGCAUUCACGCUCGCUCAUAACCACACACAUUCAUAAAUCAGCGCUCUAAAACGGGGCUCUCUGUCGAGAUACUUUUUUGGGGGAAUGAUGGGGGGGGCCUCUUAUAAGUCUGUGUGUGUGCGCGUGUGUGUUCGUAGAGAGAGAGAGAGAGAGAGCAGCCCACCGAAUCCAUUCGUUUGAGUGUGUAUUAAGGCCGACGUCUCUGCCUCGGCACGGCCGCCAUUCUACGAUACCUCUGCCUUUGCUUUGGAGUACUCGCACUCGCUCGCUCACUCGCACUCCAGUUGCUGCUGUUGGUUCGUGUGGCUAAAGUGGCUAUUGCUCUUGGCUCUUGGCUGCUGAGCUGUCGUUGUCGGUUGUCGGUUUUCGUUGAUGUGUUCUGCUCCUCUGCUGUCUGCUGUCCGCUGCCGCCUGUUGAUUGUACGAGUAGUUGGCUCUGUGGCUGGCGGCGCGUUUACGUCAUAGUAACACUCGAACGGACGGAAGGGACGGAUGGCCGUUAAUAAAGACAAAUAAAUCUAAAAUAUAGCAUUACUGCUACCCCUCUCCGCUGGGUAAAUGCAAAUGCGAAAGAACUUUCGAAAGCCCCGCGUGUGUGACUGAUAAGAUAACUGCGCGAAUAAAGAACGAAAACGGGAUUUGUGCGAAAAAGUGAUACUCUCCUCCCAAAUAAGGGGAGAAAUAUAAAGAGAUAUCUAAAUAUAAAACCUAACUGUUAUAAAGCAGUGAAAAAAGUCGGCUUAAUUGUCUAAAAAUGUAACAAAAGCAAGUGUGGCCAGCCGACGUUAAAGAACAAUAGCUACAAAAGAGAAAAAGUCGCGAUCUCUCCGACAAGUACUUACAUACAUGUGUGGAGUGCACCGCACACUCGCAUAGAAGACGACAAAAACACAAAGCAGCGAAGCAGCAGGUAAAGCUACAAGUGGAGCUACCUUUGGAGAAUAGAAAACCAGCAGCACCAGCGGCAAAAGCAUAAUGGAAACACCUGACUUAAACCGCGGCGAUACCACCCGGAAGAGUGUCCGCCUCUAUGCAGCACGCAAGGGGGCGGCACCGGCGCCGCCCAAGCUGACCGUACCCCUCCCUGAUAGCACCACCACCUCCAACAACAAUAAUAACAACAACCAAAGCAGCGAAAUCUUGCCGGAACGCGAGAGAACACUACUUGCCAGCUCGCUGAGGACUACCGCUGGUCCCAGCCACAAGGAUCUCGAACCCGAUCUCGAUGGCAGCGCCCAGCUGCUGCACGACGACAACAACGGGGACGGGGGUUCGGUGGAGCUGCGGCGCCGUGAGGCGAAGCCGCCUCUGCCACGUGUGGCCGUCUCCGCCAUGCCGACCCUGCACCCACAGCCCAAGGAGCGACAGAAGCCGCCGCGCACACUGAUGACUGCCGAGGACGACGUGGGAGUUACCUUCGCCCUGGGCUCCAUAGAGAAGCACAUCCACAACGUCGAGGAGAGCUUCAAGCAGCAGCAGCACCAACAGCAGUCGCAGUCCUCGAUGGACGUCAUGAAGAUGGAGAUCAUGCGCAAGCAGAGCAAGCGGUACGGCGAGACGGAGAACCUCCUACGGCCGGGCAUCAGUGACAUGUCCUCGGAGAACGACUUCCAGUACCUUGGUGGACGGCGUGCCGAGCUUAAUGACAGCAAUGAGCUGAUGCUCUCCGAGUUUCAGCGGGGUAGCGACGGCCGAAACUCCAUUGGAGCCUAUUCUAAGAACACGGCUGUCGCCUCUGGCGGCUCUGGUGCCGUCAAGAACAAGCUGGCGCGCACUGCUUCGGACACCAAGAACACGGACACAGUGCUGGCAAUGCGCGCCACGCUCAAACAGAAGCACCAGCACCCGGACGAAAAGCAACCGGCUCCGGCCUGGAGACCAGCUGGGACGGCACCCACGCCGGCCGUCAGGACAACGACAAGUCGUGGAGGCAGCAGCAACAGCGUUGUGGAUGGUAUCACUUCGUCCAAGCUGACUGCCACCACGAUAUCGUCGUCCAAGCGGCGGGAGGAGAACUUGCGCCAGUUCGAAGCGCUCCUGGCACAAAAGUCGCAUCGUCAUGCGGCAUCAGGCGGGGCUGCUGGGUCUGGGAGCAGUGCCAGCUCCAGCUCCAAGCGGCGCUCGGAGCGGCCCAUUGUUGCGCCGAUUCCGCCGUACAACUCGAUCCGAACCGAAGCUGUACCCAGCUCUCACACGGGCCGAUCAAGCGUGGAUCCGCGCUCCACAUCUGGCUCGAGCUCGGGGUCUGCAUCUGUGGCGACUGCCCCAGCUGUGGGACACCAUCGCACAACUCCUCCGGCACCUAACGCGGUGGUGAACCGCAGCAACGUGUACAGCAACCAUGUUGCACAGGGUUCCCCGAACAUGCAGAUGCGGAGCAGUGCUCCGAUGCGAUGGCGCGCCACCGAGGAGCACAUCGGCAAAUACAAGCUGAUCAAGACGAUCGGCAAGGGCAACUUUGCCAAGGUGAAGCUGGCCAAGCAUUUGCCAACCGGCAAGGAGGUGGCCAUUAAGAUAAUUGACAAGACCCAACUCAAUCCUGGGUCACUUCAGAAACUCUUCAGAGAGGUUAGGAUAAUGAAGAUGCUCGACCACCCCAACAUUGUUAAACUGUUUCAAGUGAUCGAAACGGAGAAGACCCUGUAUCUGAUCAUGGAGUAUGCGUCGGGGGGCGAGGUGUUUGACUAUCUGGUACUACACGGACGCAUGAAGGAGAAGGAGGCUCGCGUUAAGUUUCGGCAAAUCGUUUCAGCUGUGCAAUACUGUCAUCAAAAGAGAAUUAUACACAGGGACUUAAAAGCGGAGAACCUCUUGCUGGACAGCGAGUUGAACAUAAAGAUAGCUGACUUUGGGUUCUCUAACGAGUUCACGCCCGGCUCAAAACUGGACACGUUCUGCGGCAGUCCACCGUAUGCGGCCCCAGAGCUAUUCCAGGGCAAGAAGUACGAUGGCCCCGAGGUGGACGUGUGGUCGCUGGGCGUCAUCUUGUAUACGUUGGUGAGCGGUUCCCUGCCCUUCGACGGCUCUACAUUAAGGGAGCUGCGCGAGCGUGUACUCAGAGGCAAAUAUAGAAUCCCCUUCUAUAUGUCGACGGAUUGUGAGAAUUUGCUACGCAAAUUUUUAGUACUGAACCCCGCAAAGCGUGCUAGUCUGGAGACAAUCAUGGGCGACAAGUGGAUGAAUAUGGGGUUUGAGGACGACGAGCUCAAGCCGUAUAUUGAGCCGAAAGCCGAUUUAGCCGAUCCCAAGAGGAUAGGUAAGACGGAAGCUCUUGUCGCGAUGGGCUACAACCGACUAGAGAUCGAAAACUCGCUCUCGCAGGUGCGCUACGAUGAUGUGUUUGCAACGUAUUUGCUGCUGGGACGCAAGAGCACAGACCCGGAAAGUGACGGAUCGCGGUCGGGCUCCUCACUCUCACUGCGCAACAUCUCUGGCAAUGAUGCGGGCGGCAACGCGGGCAGCGCGGGCGUGCAGAGUCCAACACAUAGAGGGGUCCACAGGAGCAUAUCAGCGUCUAGCACUAAGCCUAGUCGUCGGGCCUCGUCUGGUGCGGAAACAUUGCGCACCGGACCGGCAAAUGCAGCCGUAACUGUGGCGGCCGCGGCGGGGGCUGUGGGUGCGGUCAACCCAAGCAACAACUACAACGCUGCAGGAACAGCGGCGGAUCGAGCAUCAGUUGGCAGCAAUUUCAAGCGCCAGAAUACCAUCGACUCGGCCACGAUUAAGGAGAACACGGCGCGCUUGGCAGCACAGAGCCAGAGACCAGCUUCGGCCACCCAAAAGAUGCUCACCACGACAGACACAACGCUGAACAGUCCCGCCAAGCCGCGUACGGCAACGAAGUAUGAUCCGACGAACGGCAAUCGCACGGUGAGCGGCACCAGUGGCAUCAUUCCACGCCGCUCCACCACGCUCUACGAGAAGACCUCGUCGACGGAGAAGACCAACGUUAUCCCUGCAGAGACAAACAGCGGAUCGGCAGCUCCCGCUGGAAAAGGUCAUACGAAAAGCGCGUCUGUAUCGAGCCCUCGCCCCUCCACAGACGGAUGCGUCUCAGUCUCGAAUGACCCGCUCGGAACGAGUCUGUUCGAUCGACUUAGAAUGGCAUCGGCUGUUAAAUCAAGCAGACACUUUCCAAGGAAUGUUCCAUCACGUUCAACCUUUCACUCUGGUCAAACCAGAGCUCGAAACAACACGGCGCUGGAAUACUCGGGCACAAGUGGCGCCUCCGGCGACUCCGCCCAUCCGGGGCGUAUGAGCUUCUUUUCCAAACUCUCCUCACGUUUUAGCAAACGGCCAAACCAGUAAUUAACAAAACAAGCAUUAACUACUUCUUGUUAAUAGUUCUAAAACUGAAACUGAGACAAACGAUUCCCCUAGAGUAAACGCGCGUGACGGAGAGUUACAGAGAGAUAUGAUAUGAUAUGAUAUGAACAGACAGAGUACAGAGAUAAGGUCGAUUCAGAUUGGAUCAGAUCGGAUCGGAUCGGAUCGGGUUCUUUUGCUUCGCGUCGUUUCGAUACCGAUCCGAUACGAAUACCGAUACCGAUACCGAUACAGAUACAGAAUAUCGAUUACGAUUACUGCUUUCGAUUUCAAUUCCGAUUCCGACUCCGAACCCAGUUCAGCUUUGAGCCAGCCGCCCCUCAAAUGAACACCGACAACGUUGAGUUCCGUUGCAUUAAUUGUGUUGCAAAUUUCACAAAUGCGCCUAUGUUUUAUUACAAUUAUUAACUAAUUAUACAUAUACAUUUAUAUAAAUUAAACGUACAUAUACAUAUACAUAUACAUAUAUAUAUUUAAAGUAAAGCAACAACAAACACAAAUUAUGAAGCCUUUGUUUUCAUUGUUCGCAAAACGAUGCGUGGAGCUACCAGCGCAUGGAAGAACACAACAAAUGAAUGAAAUGAAAUGAAAUUAAACGAAAUUGCAAUAAGGAACACAAGCUAAACGCGAGCACUCGUAAUAAUGCAAUAAUAAUCAGAGAGAAUCCUGACUACAGUUGCUGUCUGUCACGGUCACGAUUAUGGAUCACACCAACUACUAAAUAUUACACCUACGAGUACUACCUAAACUACACAUAAAUAAAAAUAUAUAUAUAUAUUACGGAUAUAACGGACUCGCGGAAUAACGGAAUCACCAAAUGAAGUGACCGAAGUGAGAGAAAACGUGCAGAGUUCCAGUAGUAUAGUACACUGAAUGCUAGCCUUAACUGAACUCAACUAAACUGAAACUGAAACCCAAAUCUAAACCGAUCUAAGCUGAACUAAAAGUAAAAUCAAUAAAACACAACACCAAAAGAAGUUGCUAAUUGUGUAACUACUGUAUGAUCUUAACUUUUAUUUAGCGAUACCUGUAGUUGUAUGUAUGUAUGUUUGUAUUGUACGUAUGUAUGGACUGUAUUUGUAUUCCGAUUUGAGCUUGCACUAAAUUGUAUCCGUGGAUCAUACAAUCAGACUUCAGACAGCCAGCCAGCCAGACAGCCAGCACUCCAGCCAGCCAACCAACUAACGAACUUGCAAUUCAUAAAUCACCCCCCUCUCCACACAACUGCGCCAGAGCCGAGAAUCUCUGGGUGCAGGGCCCCAGAGCAGAGGUGCAGCGGUUUUUUUUAGCAAUUUAAGCAUACCACGUAGCCACUAAAGCCACUAAAAAUAAAACGGCAGAAAUUAAACAAAUAAGCUUAAAUUCAAGGAAUAACAAUGUAUUACCACUAGUGCAUGCGACCAUUUUAUUUGUACAGAUGAUUAUCUAUAGAUCGUGUUAUCGUCGGACACCUUCAGUGGCUCGACCAGUAGUUAUCUUUAAAUAUUAAGUUUCAAAGAAAUAACGCAUAAUUAAAACAAUUGAUAAUUUAAUAAAACCAUAAUAAAUGAUGUGAAACAUUUGUGAGCAAAGAAA